CUGAAAUUAAAUAGAGAGAGAAACUCUGAAUGUUGAACACGUGACAAGUUUACAAAUUUCAUUCCUAAUUUACCCUCAAUAUAUCUAAUAUAUUACGUCUCACUACCUCUCCAGUCUCCAGUGUGAAGUGUCAGUCACCCACCCAAUUAACCGAUGACUUCGCUUGCUCUCCUCUUCGGUCUCUUCGUCUCUCUCUCCUCCUCCCCAUCUUUAUCCCUAAAUCUCCGCCGUCCAAUCUCGUCUCAAUCCAACGGCCUCGAUGUCCUCUCCUUCUCAUACACCACUCUGUCUUCUCUAGAUCUCGACCGUCCAUCUCUCGCUGCCGAUGACAUCCACGAUCUUCUCCCACUCUACGGAUUUCCGAAAGAUCUUCUUCCGAAUAACGUCAAAUCGUACACUCUCUCCGACGGCGGAGGUUUCACCGUCGACCUGAUUUCUCCCUGCUACGUCAAUUUCGUCGAUCAAAUCGUUUUCUACGAUAAGAGAAUCGCCGGGAAACUCAGUUACGGAUCCGUCAAAGACGUCGAAGGAAUCUCAGCUAAAGAAUUUUUCAUUUGGGCACCAAUCACCGCCAUGAAAUCGGAUCCAAGCUCCGGCACGAUUGUCUUCUCCGUCGGGUUCGUGUCCAAGACUUUACCGGCUUCGAUGUUCGAGAAUGUCCCGUCUUGCUCCAGAAAGACAAGUCUUCAAGCUUCUUGAGUAUCCAACACUCUGAGGAAGGACGAUUCCUUCCUCCUUAAUCAUGUCGAUUUUGCGUUAUCAGGGAAAAAUCUUUAAGAAUUUGAUUUGCUCCGUCUAUUUGUAUUUUCAAAUCGAAUUGAAACAUAUAAUAUCAGAUUUUUUCGAACCGGAUUGAAAUGAAAACUGUCUACAUUUAUUUUUUUUA